AUGACUGUCUCCCAGAUUCGACCCGUGCGACUGUCUCCCGAGACAAAGCGGCUGCUUGAUAUUGAUGCUCAACACUCGGCGGGCGGAGUGUUUCCCCUUCCCGUCUUCAUCAAGUCGGGCAAAGGAUCGAUACUCAAGGAUGUCGACGGAAAGGAGAUCAUUGAUUUCAUCUGCAUGCUGAGCGCAACCAACCUCGGCCAGUGCCAACCGCAGCUUCUGAAGGCUGUCAGUGACUCGAUGCAGACCAUCACCCUGACGAACAUCGCCACUAAGGUGGGCGAUUGGGCCGAAUUUACGCGAGACAUGUGUCAGCGAUUCGGAUAUGAUAAAAUGGUCGGCAUGGUCUCUGGCACCGAAGGCGCAGACUCUGCAGUGAAGUUUGCUCGCAAAUGGGGCAUCAAGGUCAAGAAAAUUCCCCCGCAAGACGUCCUUGUCUUUGGUGUGGCAGACAAUUACCACGGGACCGGGUCGGGCAUCUGGCCCAUCAUGAACAACAUGGGUCAAGCUUCGGACUACGGCGUCAGCAACCACAACCUCCGCAACAGCAACCCCGCGACUGGCGCGCCAUUGACCUACUGUUUCCUCCCGGACUUUGAAGCGGCAUUCAUGGCCAACCACACUCGCACGGCCGCGGUCAUUAUGGAGACUAUUCAUGGGAAAAAAGCCACCUUCAAAGAGGAGCUGGACCUCGCGAUCGGCGUCCGGCAACUCUGUAAAAAAUACAACGUUCUGUUCAUUGCCGACGAAGUGCGCAUGGGGUCGGCCAAGACCGGCAAGUUCCUCUGUUCCGACUGGAUGGGACCCGAAAACAAGCCCGACAUGGUGGUCAUGGGCAAGUCGAUCACCGGGGGUGCCUACCCGGCGUCGUAUAUCCUAGGCAACAACGAGGUGAUGGACUUGGUGGGCGGAUACGAAUCGGUCGCGACGUUCGGGAUGGCCCCAGCAGCCAUUGCUGCGACCCGCGCGAUGCUCAAGAUCGUGGAUGAUGAGAGCCUGAUGGAGCGUGCCCGGUGGAUUGGCGAGGUCUGGGAGAAAGAGACGGCCGACUGGAGUAUGCCUUGGCUGGACUACACGACUCACAGAGGGGCUGAUCUAGGUUUGUAUCUGAGGCGCACCGGAAAUCUUCGACUCACCACCCGGAGACUCGGCAUGCUGUGCCUUGAUAAAGGGGUUUUGACAUACCCUGACGGGGAUCGAAUCCGGUUGGGGGUGGCGCUCAACAUCCCCGAGGAGGAACUCCGCCGAGGAAUUGCCAUUAUCAAAGAGGCGCUCAAUGAGCUAGAUGCUCAUGAAGAGAUGGAGACUGGCCCUCCGAUGAAGGGCGUUAUUCCGGAAAUGUAAGGCGAAACAAAAGGUGGAAAACAAAGGUUCCG